ACACACAGAGAACAAAAUGAAGAUAUCGCAAAUCAAUUUCAGAUUGGUGAUGGCCGUGUUUGCGGUGGAUCUCUUGGCCAUGACAGGCGAUUCCACGAUGACUUGGACCUCCCCCGUCUUUCCCAAACUGUAUUCGAACGACUCGAGCAAUCCCUUGGGACGGCCCAUUACUCCCGACGAAGACGCUUGGAUCGGUUCCCUCGUGAACAUCGGAGCCAUGAUCGGACCGUUGCUCAACAUCUUCAUAGCGGAGAAAUUCGGCCGUAAGAUCGGUCUGUUGUGCAUCGCCAUUCCUCAUCUGGUCUCCUUCCUGACUUUGGCCUUCGCCCGGACCAUAUAUCUCUUCUAUUUUGCCCGGUUGAUUGGCGGACUGUCGGAGGGUGCCGGAUACGCCUUGAUGCCGAUGUACGUGUCGGAAUUGGCUCAGGACUCGAACCGAGGCAUGAUCAGUGCGACGCUCAACUGUUUCUGGACCUUCGGCAAUCUGAUCCCGUAUCUGAUCGGCCCUUAUUUGACCGUAAUGCAACUGAACAUCGUACUCGCGUGUCUUCCCGCCAUUUUCUUCUUCAUGUUUCUGACCUUCGCUCCGGAAACGCCUCAUUACUUGGUCCACCAUAAUCGAAUGGAAGAGGCGGAACGCGCGCUCAAAUCGGUGAGACACAUCCACGAUCCGGAUAAGAUCAAAGCGGAAUUGGAGCACAUCAAAAGUACGAUCGAUCACGAAGAACGUGGAUCCAUGAUGGACAUCGUCACCAAGAAACCGAUCAAGAAGGCCAUGACGAUUUCCCUCGUCCUUGUCGUUUUAUCACAGAUGUCCGGAAUAAAUGCCAUCCUGUUUUACACCCAGUUCAUUUUCAAUUCGUCCGGCACAACGAUUCCGGACGACAUUUCCUCCAUGAUUUUCGGACUGGUUUUGUUCGCUUCCAGUUUUACUGUUCCAUUUACGAGUGACAAAUUGGGCAGGAAAAAACUAAUGAUCAUCUCCUCCUUUGGCACAGCUCUUUCGCUUCUCAUAUUGGGAUUGUACUUUUAUCUUUUGGAACAAACCGACGUGGACACCGAUCCAAUUUUCUGGUUACCAAUCUGCAGUUUGCUCUUCUACAUAAUCUUCUUCAAUUUCGGUUUGGGUCCCCUCGUUUGGACCAUUUCCUCCGAACUGUUUCCGAACGCCGUCAAGACGAAAGCGGCAAUGAUCCUUUCUUCCUGUUUCUGGCUCACAUCCUUCGUGCUCACCAAAGUUUUCAACGACAUGAAGAGUACUUUCGAAAACUGCGGCACGUUUUGGUUUUACAGCGCGUUCGCAACGUUGGCCGGAAUUUUCUCCAUUUUUCAAUUGCCCGAGACGAAGGGAAAGAGUUUUUUCGAAAUACAACGGAUGUUGGAAAUGUAACAGUUUUAGUUUCGACUAAGAAACGGUUGUGAAUUGUCUUUCAAGUUACACAUGUAGCUCAUGCGUCCAUGAGAGACAUGGCAAAUUUUAACAAGCACUUUUAUAAAGUGUUACUUGUAGUAUGUCUGCAAUCAGAGUUGGUAAGCUCGGUUGCAUACAGUGAAAGACUGAUUUCUACCCACUUCUUAUAAUGACUACAAAAAUUAUUACGAUUUCAUUCUUUAAAUAUGAGGAAAAAAUGUAAACUAAUAAACA